AUGGCCAAUAACUCCAUCAGUGGUGAAAUUCCUUCCAAUUUAUCUGGUUGUUCUAAGCUUACAAUUGUUUUUAUGAAACGCAACCAGCUAACUGGAGAAAUACCUGGUUUCCUUGGUCUCUUGUCAAACCUGGAAGUCUUAAGUUUAGCCACCAACAGUUUAACAGGGAGUAUCCCACCUUCACCGGGGAACUUAUCGUCCCUGAAGAAACUUUUUUUGGCUAAAAAUGGUCUGAGUGGGGCGAUACCUAAAGCUCUCGGCCAACUGACAAAUCUUGCAUCUUUCUCUGUGGUGAUUAAAGGUUUUGAUAUUGGCGCAAACAAAAUUCAAGUAUUACAAAAUAACAAAAUAUGGGGAAGAAUACCUGAUGCGAUUGGAAAUCUCAUCAAUUUGGAGGUGCUAGCAGCAUCAGGAAAUCAGCUAUCAGACUUAUCAUCCAACUAUUUGACUGGAGUGCUUCUGAUUGCAGUCGAAAAUCCGAAAAAUCUAGGUGAAUUGUAUGUUUCCCAAAACAAGUUAUUUGAUUUGCUUCCAAACAAUCUUGGUAGCUGUAUGAGACUGGAGAAGCUGUUCUUAGAUGGCAAUUUGUUUGAAGGGCCCAUUGCAUUGUCUUUGGGUUCAUUGAGAGGUCUUAUGGAAUUAGACUUAUCUAACAAUAAUCUUUCCGGUGAGGUGCCAAAAUUUCUUGCAAGCUUUGGGUCAUUACAGUAUUUAAAUCUAUCUUUCAAUGAUUUUGAGGGUAUGAUACCAAUUGAAGGAGUCUUUAAGAAUGCAACCGCUGCAUUCGUUGAGGGAAACAAUAAGCUUUGUGGAGGCAUCCCUGAGUUACACUUGUCCAAAUGUAACACGAAAACAUCCAUCAAAAGAUCAAACACUUCUCUUAAAUUAAAAAUUGCAAUUGGUUUUGUGAUUUUAGGAGUGACUUUGGUAUUCUCAUUUCUCCUCAUUUUGCGGUUUAGAAAGAAGAAAGAGCAGCCAACAGCAACUUGUGCAGAAAAUUCACUUUUACAGUUAUCAUACCAAAGCAUCCUAAGGGCUGCUACUAGAUUCUCCUUGCAAAAUUUGGUUGGUUCGGGUAGCUUCGGUUCUGUAUACAAAGGAAUUCUUGAAGAGAGUGGAGUAGUUAUUGCCAUUAAGGUGCUUAAUCUUCUUACUCAUGGAGCUUUCAGGAGUUUCUUAGUUGAAUGUGAGGCCUUGAGGAACAUUAGACAUCGGAAUCUUGUCAAGGUAUUAACAGCAAUUUCAGGUGUUGAUUAUCAAGGCAAUGAUUUUAAAGCAUUGGUUUAUGAGUUCAUGGUAAACGGAAGCUUGGAGGACUGGCUGCAUCCAUCUAUCGACAUGAAUGAACAGGAGACGAUGAGAAACCUGAAUUUCUUCCAGAGAGUAAAUGUGGCAGCAGAUGUUGGUCAUGCACUGGAGUCUCUGCGCCAUCAUUGCGAUACACCAAUUAUUCAUUGUGACCUCAAGCCAAGCAAUAUUCUAAUUGAUGAGGAAAUGGUUGGCCAUAUAAGUGACUUUGGCUUAGCAAAAAUCCUUUCUGCUGACAGGUUUAACAAUUAUACUACUCAGUCAAGCUCCCUCGGAUUAAAACUAUUGGUUAUGCUCCACCAGAGGCUAUAUAUUUUUCCAGGUAUCUCUUCUGCAAUUAUUGCUAUAAUUUAUAUAAUUUGUGAUGAAUUUAUUGCAGAAUAUGGGAUGGGAAGUGAAUUGUCAACCAAAGGUGAUGUUUAUAGUUAUGGCAUCCUCGUGCUUGAGAUGUUUACAGGGAAAAGGCCAACUAAUAAAAUGUUCAAAGAAGGUUUCAACCUUCACAACUUUGUUGUGGCAGCUUUGCCUGAAUGA